AUGUCCAUGGCCGGCGACGACAAAACAAGAUGGUACCCCAUCAGACAGACAGUGAAAACGCCUUCGCGCGCUGCUCGACAUGCCGUGAAGGAUGGUGUUAACAAUGAUGAUGAUGAUGGGGCCACCUUUGCUUUUGCCGACGAGGACAUGGACAAAUUGAACCAGUAUCUUCAUGGUGGAAGAGUCUUACCACUCAAUAAAGACAGUUUCUGCCAAAAGGUUGGCAUCUUGGACCAGAGCAAGAUCACCGACCAUAUCUGGACCCAGAUUGAUGGUUUGAUCAGUACUUACAAGGAGGCAAGUCGAGUCUUUCUGAACUCAUGCUUUCCCAGUGCAGCCAGUAUCAUCUACAAGGACUGCACCGGUUUCCUUGGUGAUGAUAGCUCCGAAUCACGCAGACAGUGGACGAAAGCGGAUGGCAAUGACAGCGCCUUCAAUGCCCUCUGCACCUUUGAUAAGAUGAACACGCUUGCGUCUCAGAUUUACAGCUACACAGACAACGCCGGGGCUGAUGACAGCUCUUAUUAUUUGUUCAUGUUUGACCAGUGCAAGAAGUACAAUGAUGAUGACACAACUGACCAGCAGAGGAAGACGGCCAGGAAAGCCAUUCUUGAUGCCACAGAGGAUUUGCUGAGUGAUGUUGCACCAAUGCAGCUCCACGCUAAGAAGGUCUCGGAUGCCCUGAAUGAUUUUGAACAGGCAUGUGACAAGAGAGAGGGUGCGCUCGUUGACUCUGAAACUAGCAUAACCUCCAUUCUCAAUAAGGAUCUGGGAGAUAUCGGCGACUUGCAGGUGAAAAUUGAUUCGCAGCUUGCCGAUAUUGCGGCCGACCAGAAAAUCAUCAAUGCGGAUCGCUAUGAUCAACAAAUGACCGCGGCAUACAUUUGGAUCCCUAUCAUCGGGACAAUUGCCGGCCCCGUCAUAUUUGCGGAAAGACAGGCGGAUAUUGAGAAAUACAAGAAGAAGAUUGCGGCCCUAAAGGACCUGAUCAGCUCCGAGCAGGACCAGAUUACAUUGCAUCAGCAACUGCAAGGCCAUGUCACUGCAAUGUCAAAACAAUGUCAGGACUUGAAAGCACUCAUCAGUCCGGCUAAGAAGACAGCUGAAAAGCUGAAAGGUGGCUGGGACUUGAUAGAAGAUAAGAUUCAAAAGGUCCAUGAUACCGUGGAAAAGUUUGAAACCAAAAUCCCCGGUGUCGGCUUUGCUGAUAUCCAGCUUGAAUCUAUUGUUCGGGAGUGGAAAAAGCUCUAUAAGGGUGCCAGGGAGUAUAUCAAAACGGCACCAGUUCUACCGAGAACUGAUAUCAUGUCCAUUGAUAACUACCAUGAUCAGAUUAAGGACUUGAUCAAUUGA